UCAUUGAGUGAAUAAAAGAAACAAUGGGCUUUCGCUUACCUGGUAUUAGACGAUCAUCAUCUAGUGCAAGCCAACAAUCUUCUUGCAAGGUGAUGGAAGUUCCAAAAGGGUAUCUUGCAGUGUAUGUUGGAGAGAAAAUGAAGAGGUUCUUGAUUCCAAUUUCAUUCUUGAAUGAGCCUUUAUUUCACGGAUUGCUUAGCCAAGCUGAAGAGGAGUUUGGUUACUCUCAUCCUAUGGGUGGUCUUACAAUUCCCUGCAAGGAAGAUGAGUUCUUAGAUAUAACUUCUCGCUUGAACAGGCUAUGAUUCAUGAUGUUGAAGAUCCUGAUACCAAA